UCAGCCUAUCCAGGCUCUGUAAUUAAUUAACCCAAACGGAUCAAAUUAAGGGGUGAAAGUUCACCGAGGAGGAGGGCGCGGUGGCCAGGCUCGGUCGCGGAGCCCCGGGGCCCACAGGCGCGGGCGCGCGUGGUGGCCGAGCCCCUCGGGAGCUGGGGGAGGAAGGGGCGGGGCGGGGGUCCGGAGCAGUCACGCGCCCCCUCCCGCCCCAGGUCUCCCGCUCAGGAUGGGGGUCCCCCGGCCUCAGCCCUGGGGGCUCGGGUUCCUGCUCUUCCUCCUGCCGACACUGCGCGCAGCAGAGAGCCAUCUCUCCCUCCUGUACCACCUCACCGCUGUGUCCUCUCCUGCCCCCGGGACUCCUGCCUUCUGGGUAUCAGGCUGGCUGGGACCCCAGCAAUACCUGAGCUACAAUAACCUGCGGGCCCAGGCCGAGCCGUGUGGGGCUUGGGUCUGGGAAAACCAGGUGUCCUGGUAUUGGGAGAAGGAGACAACAGACCUGAGGAACAAGCAGGAACUCUUUCUUGAAGCUCUCAAAGCCUUGGGAGAAGGAGGUCCCUACACCCUGCAGGGCCUGCUGGGCUGUGAGUUGGGCCCUGACAAUGCCUCGGUGCCCGUGGCCAAGUUUGCUCUGAAUGGCGAGGAUUUCAUGGAUUUUGACCCCAAGCUGGGCACCUGGAGUGGGGAAUGGCCUGAGACUGAGACCAUCAGUAAGAGGUGGAUGCAGGAGGCGGGUGCGGUCAGCAAGGAGAGGACCUUCCUGCUCAACUCCUGCCCCCAGCGGCUGCUGGGGCAUCUGGAGAGAGGCCGCGGAAACCUGGAGUGGAAGGAGCCACCCUCCAUGCGCCUGAAGGCCCGCCCCGGCAGCCCCGGCUUUUCUGUGCUCACCUGCAGCGCCUUCUCCUUCUACCCCCCGGAGCUCCAACUGCGGUUCCUCCGCAACGGGCUGGCAGCCGGCUCCGGCGAGGGUGACUUCGGCCCCAACGGCGACGGCUCCUUCCACGCCUGGUCUUCACUGACAGUCAAAAGCGGCGACGAGCACCACUACCGCUGCCUGGUGCAGCACGCGGGGCUGCCGCAGCCCCUCACUGUGGAGCUGGAAUCACCAGCCAAAUCCUCGAUGCCAGUGGUUGGAAUCGUCAUUGGCCUCUUACUGCUCACGGCGGCGGCUGCAGGCGGAGCUCUGCUAUGGAGGAGGAUGAGAAACGGGCUGCCAGCCCCUUGGAUCUCUCUCCGUGGGGACGAUGUAGGGGCCCUCCUGCCCACUCCUGGCCUGCCCAAGGAUGCUGACUCUUAGGAUAUAAAUGCAUUCUCAGCAGCAGCCUGAUCACCCACCCCACCCCCCCUCCUGGCUACUACCAGCUAAUGUAGUCAGGCCCCUUUUAUGCUGUGAGACCUCCUGGAAUCCUGGUAUUUCUGAGCCUCCAGAAAGAGUCCUGGGCCCGAUGACCUUCUGGAUAUCUCCUCCUGUGGUCUGCCUCAGUUUCCCCUCCUGAUGAUUAUGACUCUUUUCCACCUCCACAUAUAAACGCGAGUUUGGGCCCAAA